AUGUCGAACCCGCCUGGCCAGUCAGCCACAGCAGUACCCGAUAAUGAGGAAAUACUGUCGCUAGAUCUUGAAGAAGAUGACUUUCUGUAUCGUAUAAGAAGGAAUUCACGGAUCGUAUUAUAUAGCUACCGGGUCCUUUCGAAGCUGCGAAAAAUACUGAGGUGGGAGGAGGAAUGGAAUACGCUUACUGUUCGAAGAAGUUCCCAGGGUGUUGAGAGCAGUCCAAACAAGUCUCCGCCCCACGGACUAGAUCUCAGACAGAUUGAUAUCCCGGACGCUAUCUUUGUCGAUCUUCUAGACUUGACAACAGUUUCUCGGAUCAGCGACCGUAUCUCGUGUGUUAAGCAUGGUAGGGAGUCGCGCAUACUAAAGGUUGCACGAUUUAAACAUGAGAUUCCGGCCUUGCAGCAGGAAGUUGCAGUAUAUUCUAAUCUGACAUUGUCUGGCUUCCCACAUGCACCGAAAUUUAUUGGCUUUGUCUACGAGGAAACAAAGUUUCGCGUAGUUGGCUUCUUGAUAGAGUCAAUUACAGGGAAACCCCCAGGUGUUCAGAAUCUCAGAGAUUACACGGAAACUGUACGUCUCUUGCAUGCAUAUGGAAUCGUUCAUGGGGACCUCAAUAAAUACAACUUCUUGAUAACAGAGCACGGUGCCAAGGUCUUUGAUUUUGAAAACGCCGUUGUUCAAGGAAAUGUGGACCCAGAAACAGCUGAGAAUGAGAUAGAAACCCUUGCAGUCAAAUUGGAAGACGAAUCCGGCAUCGGCAAGCGUUAAGUUCCUGGUUUGGUUACUCAUAAUGCGCUUUCAUGGGUAAAAGAGGCUUACUAAAAAGGUGAAAUUUGUCGAGAAACUUCAGUAUCCUUUAUGUUCAAGCUGUCUGAUGUGUUAGAGGGCGCAAUCGUAUAAGCAUAACAUCCAAGGAUAUUUUGGGGAUGCCUUUGAGUGUAGUGACAGUAAUCUGCGAAUCGAGGUAGGUGCCUAACAUAUCUUCGGCUAGCUCGCCGAAAGAGGCCAAAGAAGAUGUUUCUAAGUAUGCCGUACCAAUAUAUACACACAUCGGGUCUCGAGCGAUUCACGAAAGGUUGAAAAGUUCCCACAUGAGGCCAUCAAAAUCUGGUACACCAGUCAAUCCAAAAGACUCCUCGAAUGCGGGGUCUCCAAACAGUUGUAAUGAGUCCGAUUGAUCAAGUGUAGCUUCUGGAAACCCUACGUUGAAAUCACCAAAGCCGGUUGGGUUUGUAUCCAAGUCUAUGAGCUCCUGUUGCUGGUUUGUUGUGUCUUGUCCCAAAGGCAACUGGGAAGAGACAUUAGAACUUUGUUGC